CUGGUAUCCUAUCCUCAGAUCCCCUUGGUAAGUAUAUAAGGCCCAGCUUCAGCUUGUCGUGGAGCGGCUGUUCCCACCUUGAAACGUCGUUUAUCCACUCCUCAACAAGUAUAUCGUCCACCAAGAGCUCCCUCCCUUCGCCAUGUCUCAAGAAACUAUGAGAGCACUGUGGUACAAUAAGCCACGAGAGUUCGAGAUUAGACAAGUUGCAAUUCCACAGGUCGGCGACGAUGACGUUCUCCUGAAAGGUGAGUCUCUUAUCUUCCCUCGCAGCCCCCUCUCCCAGCUGACCACCGAACCAGUUACAUACUGUGGUGUCUGUGGGACAGAUGCACAUAUCCACGAUGGGGAGUUCAUUUCCAAGUUCCCGCUUAUCCCCGGCCAUGAGGCAGUCGGGAGUGUGGUAAAGUUUGGAAAGAAUGUCCAAGGCUUCGAAAUCGGUGACCGAUGUGUCGCUGACGUGGGAGUUACUUGCGAUAAUUGUUUCUAUUGUCGACGUGGCCAAUCGCUAUUGUGUGAAAACUUCAAUGCUCGUGGCGUCACACAGGAUGGAGGAUUUGCGGAAUAUAUCGUAUAUCCUCAGAGGAAGCUAUACAAAAUUCACAACCUGACUGACGAGGAGGCAACUCUCAUGGAACCUGCGGCUUGCGCUAUCCAUGGCCUUGACAAGCUAAACCCCCCGGUCGGCGUCGAGGUCUUAUUAUUUGGCGCAGGUCCUACUGGACUCAUUCUCGCCCAACUGCUGAAGUUGAACGGUGCUUCCAGAGUCGUGAUCGCUGCCAACAAAGGCAUCAAGAUGAACAUCGCGAAGGAUCUGGAAGCUGGUGAUGAGUAUAUCGAACUUGACCGCCAGAAUCCCAGCCCGCAAUGGGAGAAGCUCAGGGCUGACAACCCCUACGGCUUUGACAUUGUUGUGGAAGCUACUGGUGUGGAGAAACUCGCCAAUGACGCCAUCAACUACGUCCGGCGAGGCGGAACAUUGAUGAUCUACGGUGUCUAUGAGGACAAGGCACUUGUGCACUGGCCACCGUCCAAAAUCUUUGGAGACGAAAUCAAGAUCAUUGGGUCGUUUUCGCAGACGUACUGUUUCCCUCGGGCGGUUGCAUAUCUCGAUAGCGGAAAGGUGAAGGUCAAAGGAAUGGUGACUGACGUCUACAAACUCGAAGAGUACCAACAAGCAUUGGAUAAGAUGAAUAGUCGAGGCGCAGUCAAGAUAGCUAUUAAGCCAUAGGCGGGACCGCUGGCUGCAGAGGAUAAACUGUAUUUGUAUACCCCGCCAAGUAGUCUUGUAUGUUAUCUAGGGGUGAUGCAGACGAACUAUGAAUGGCGAGUAUAAAGUCUCGUAGGGCUUGGGUUUCGGUCUCGGAGUUGUCGGCGUUGCGUUGCGUAGAAUAUCUCUGCUAACGCCCCAGAUCCCGUGGAAAAGAGCAAGCGAUAAAGGGGUCAAGAUGUGUCCAUGUCCAUGUCAUCAACUUCCUUUCGAGGUUCGUUGAUUGCCACAAGUAUAUACUGGAUCGGUACUGGUCGGUGCUGUGCCAAACGCUACCCUGUGGUUCAAUGAAUCGACCAAUCCCGUGCCAUCUUCCGACAUAUCCCGUACACACGUACACACGUAUACCCCAAGCUAUGCAAUCAUUGGUAUUCUGAUCGUCCUCCUAGUACACCGACACA